AUGGCAGAUCUAGACCACACGGGGUCAAGUUCAAGGAACGUACCAUUCUGGGCACAAGAUGUAAUCAAGGAUAUAAUAUCUCGCAAUAUUCCUGAUGAAGAGGAUGGGUUCGAAACCCAUACAAGGGAUCAUGAUAAUGUCCCUAAAAGUAAGAAGGAAGAAAUUCCUCGAAAGGCAUCUGGUGAGGAAGAACUGGAGUACCUAGGGCAUAUCAUAACAGCCAAAGGAGUUGCAGCAGAUCCCUCAAAAGCGUAUAGCAUGCUAUCUUGGCCCACUCCCACUUCCUUAAAGGAGAUGAGAGGGUUUCCAGGGCUGACUGGCUAUUAUAGGAAGUUUGUUAAGGGGUGUGGAAGCAUUUGCAAGCUACUAGACGAUCUCUUGAAGAAGAAUGCCUUUUUAUGGAAUGAAGAAGCUAAAGAUGCAUUCCAAGAACUCAAGGAAACAUUGUGCAAAAAUCCAGUUCUUGCACUCCCUGACUUUUCAAAACCAUUUAUUCUAGAAGCUGAUGCUUGUGCAAGGGGAGUUGGAGUUGUUCUUACGCAAGAGGGGAAACCUAUAGCAUUCUUCAGCAAGCCAUUAGGACCUAAAUCUCUUGGAUUUUCCACCUAUGAGAAGGAACUCUUGUCUAUGGGAUAA